UACAUUAUGAUGAUGAUGAUAAAAAGAGAGAAAAUUGUUUUAGAUUUUCUAACACUUUACUGAAUGAAUGCAUGGAAAAUUUAUGUACCGGAUUUAGCGGAGCAGACGGCUGAAACCUCUAACCUCACUAACAAGCUAGUAAUAAAGGCAGUGGCACCGGAAAUCCCAAUUUCCCCGAGGAGCUCAAAGGAACUAGAUUGCACCUGCUUAACUUGCAAAAAUAUUCUCAUGUAGUUUCGACUUUUGAGAGAAUUACCCCGGAAGGUAGAUUAUUUAAGGAUUUGAAGCUACACAACCGGCAAGAUAUAUGUAAAUUCUGAUAAGAGUCAAGUGCAGCGUGAUCUUCUUGCUGAAUCAACAAGUUACUCUAUGGGAGCCCAGCAUGGGAUUCAGUCUAAUAGUUUUCAGAAGAUCAGAAUCCUGUUGGUGGUAUUCUUCAUUGGCGUUGGGUUUUUAAGCAACGCGUCUUCUUCAUCUUCGAGUGAUGUUGGUGGGAAUAAUGUGAUUAGGCGGGAUUCAAAUUCUGUUUCUGACAACUUGAACAUCAGAGGUUGUGUUAUGAAGAAAUACAUUGUGGAAUCUUACUUUGAAAAAUAUGAUAGCUUUGUUGAUUCGAAAUUUCAAGAUUUCAUGGAAGAUGAACUUCUCCGGUACUCAUGCAAAUCGUUGCCAGAUAAUACAAAUGAUCUUUUGAGACUUGCGGUUCCAAAGCGCCUUUUGAUUGGUGAAGGUUCUCAUCGUCAUUUGUAUUCGAGUAUUAGAUUCCAUUUCCAGUCAGAAUCUGUAUCUCAGCUACCCAAUUUCACCAGCUGUAAGGUUAUAAUUUUAGAGAGACUUCCCUCUGGUGUCUUUGCUGAUCCAUUUGAGCUCCAGCACCUUCUUCAGCGUGGUGGUUUUACUGAUAUCGCUGUUUUUGGAGAUACGAAUUUGGAAUCGCCUUCUUUUACAUCCAAUCGGUCAGUUGUGGAGGUUCACAUGAAUAUUAGUCCCAACAUGGUGUUUGGACAGACAAAUGAAUUGGAAGUCAGCAUAGAUAUUCCCUUGCAUGUGCGAUAUCCACCAUUAGGUGAAAGUGGUUAUGCGGAGAUUGAAUUCCGCAAACCUGAUUUGUUGAUGAAGUGCAGCAUGGAAGGGAAUUUGAGCAACCAAAGCUGUUUAUUUACUCCAACCAUUGUCUAUGUAGAAUCAAACAGCAGUACUGUUUUAUGGAGAGUGCCUUCCGCUACGAGGAGACAUGCCGUUGCUGCGUGGGAAUUUUCAAUAUGGGAGCCAAUGUCAUCUGCAGCAUAUGCAUGAAACAGAUAUAUGUUAUGGGAAGGAAAAUAGAGACAAGAUACAUUAAGCUUUAAGCAAAAGGAGAGAAAGUUACCAAUCAUGGUUCCUUGCUCAUGAACUAGAACAGCAAGAUCUUUAAAAAUCUCAUUCACCUCGCCAAUUUGCUGCUGAAUUUCUUGUAUUCCCUGCUCUCUUUCAUCAAUAAUUGCUUCAUUGAAAGCAAUCUCAUUAUCCAACAACAAGACCUCUUGUCUGCAAUAGAAGUUCCUUAGAGCUAAUUAGACUGUUAUUCAUGUAACUGAUAAGCCCAGUUCUCAUUCAAAUAUAUAAACAUGAUUGCAUUUUUUAUAUUCUGGUCAUACUAUUAAAGCAAA